CCAAGAGCAGGAAGUCGCACUCUCGUCUCUCAGAUAGGGAAAGCGAAAAAAGAGGAGUGAUCAGUGAGGUGUCAUAAAUAUAUUCCAUUACAACAACAAUGGCACAACGGACGGUAUGACAAGGUCGUUUUGGUAACACUAGCUAGGUAAUCACUUUCCUAGUUCUGGCGCUUUUUCGUAGGAGACUCCCUGCAAAGAAGCGUGAGAAGUUAUUAUUAGGGAGAAAUGGCGGACGGCGGAGGCUUCGAGUUAGGUGAUGUUGUCGACCCACCCAUUGCGCCGAAUAUCAUCUGUCCCCUUGUCACCGUUUCUGACCUACCCAGCCCGACAGCUGCAGGCCGUAACCUGAAGGAAUGGCUGCAGGAGCAGUUCAAUAAAAAGCCUGAAGAGCAGAGUGAGGACGCGCUGCUCCACAACGCUGCUUACGUAGGAGACCUGGAUACUCUAAGGAACCUGCUGCAGGAGGACAGCUUCAGAGAGCGGAUCAACGAGAAGUCUGUAUGGUGCUGUGGUUGGCUGCCCUGCACCCCUCUGCGCAUCGCUGCCACAGCCGGUCAAGGGGCCUGUGUGGCCUACCUGAUAGGCCAGGGGGCCAAGGUGGACCUAGUGGAUGUGAAGGGUCAGACGGCACUCUACGUGGCGGUGGUCAACGGACACCUGGACUGUGUGACCAUCCUCCUGGAAGCUGGAGCUGACCCCAACGGCAGCCGCCACCACCGCAGCACUCCCGUCUAUCACGCUGCACGGGUAGGCAGGGUGGACAUACUCCAAGAGCUCAUCAGGUUCCAUGCCGACGUGGAUGUGGACCACCAGCUGGGUGCCAGGCCCCCGUUUGGUGCAGCCCGCACCCUCACCACACUGGUGGUGUGCCCGCUCUACAUCAGCGCCGCCUACCGCCACCUCCACUGCUUCAGCCUGCUCCUGGCGGCCGGCGCCCAGCCGGACUACAACUACAACGGACCAGUGAGCCGCGAAGCGCUAGCAAAGGGUUUGGCCUCCUGCCUGCUGGAUGCGGUGCUGAGACACGGCUGUGAGGCGGCGUUCGUCAGACUGCUGCUAGACCACGGUGCCGAGCCCAGCCUGGUAGCCUGGGAGCAGCCCCACCGAGAGGGAGCGACCGCCGGGGGCCGAGAGAGGGUUGACCCCGAAGCCUUGCAGCUCUACUUGGAGGCCAGGAGAUGUCCUCAUAGGCUGACCUACCAAUGUCGGAUCAGUAUUAGGAAAGUGAUGGGGAAGCAUCGGCUAAAACACAUCCCUUCUCUACCGCUCCCGGACCCCAUUCAGAACUUCCUGCUUCACCAGAACUGACUCUGGCAGGCCUUGCCUUUGAUUAUCGUUAUGCUAUUAUGAACAGUGACGGACUUACCAUUAGGCAGAAGAGGCAAUUGCCUCAGGCUUCACAUCAUAAUCAAGGGGCCUCAUGAGCUGGGCAUAAUUUAAACAAAUAAAACUAGUCAUCUUUUUGUUUAUUUCCCAGCUUGGGCUGUUGAGGCCCCUUGAUUUCUCAGCUUGGCCCCUUGAUUUCUCAGCUUGGGCUGUUGAGCCCCCCCCCAUUCUCUGCUCAAAGGCUGGACUGCUCAGUAGGUUGGUUCAGCAGCAGCAAAAUCUGCAGGAAGCUUCAAAGUUGCAAACGAAAUGGGGAAGGGUUUCUUUGCCUGGUAAUGAGGCCACAUGGUUGUCAAAAAUACCUCCCAAAAAGUAAAUGAAUCCAUAUAGCUGAAGAAUAAUAGAUCAAUAAUUUAUUUCUAUACAAAUACACUACGUGUAUGAAACAUUAGGAGCACCAUCUCUUUCCAUGAGAUAGGCUGACCAGGUGAAUCCAGGUGAAAGCUAUGACCCUAUAUUGAUGUCAUUUUUUAAAUCCACUUCAAACAGUGUAGAUGAAAGGCAGGAGAUGGGUUAAAAAAAUACUUUUACACCUUGGGACAUGGAUUGUGAAUGGGCAAGACAAAAGAUUGAAGUGUCUUUGCGGGGUAUGGUAAUGUAGUUGAUGGCAGGCGCACCGGUCUGAGUGUAUCAAGAACUGCAACGCUGCUGGGUUUUACUUGCUCAACAGUUUCCCAUGUGUAUCAAGAAUACACAUGGGAAACACCCAAAGGACAUCCAGCCAACUUGACACAACUGUGGGAAGCAUUGG